AUGCGUUCCCUGUCUCUCAUCUGUCUGCUCUUCGGCCUGGCCUGGGCCCAAACGACGCCAUCACCCGAUGGAAAUUCAACCUCUGACAUCCAAUUUUCUCCGUUCGUUGUUACCGAUGGGAAGUACGCCCUGGGCACCUUUGCCAAGGUGAACUGGUACCAGGCCCAGGCCACCUGUGCCUCCUACGGCUACACUCUGGUCAGCAUCACCACGGAGAGCGAUCAGCGGGCUCUGCGCAAUUUCCUGUACACACGCGGCAGCUCCCAGCUCCAGCUGCUGAACGAACCCGUGUGGACCUCGGGCACGGAUCUGGCUAAUUCCGACAACUGGAUCUGGUUCAGCAACGGACGCACCUUCACCUACCGCAACUUCCAGCCCGGUUUCGAUUACUAUCCCAGCGGGUACAGGCACUGCCUGGGCCUCUAUGCCAUCAACAGUACCUGGGUGAACGAGGAAUGCAGCGAGCAGCGCUACUUUGUGUGCGAGAAACGUUGCCUGUUCGACGACGUCAAUUAGUGGAGACCAUGGGUCCUUGAAUUUAUCGGUGUUGGUUUAUAAACAUAUUAUACAUAAAUCAAUAAAAUAUUCAGCAGCAAAACAGAA